AUGGCCCAAGAUGGCUCUGUCAUUGAUUCCCCUCGGCGGAGACCAGGUCUCCUAAGAGAUCAAGUCCAGCUGGUGAAAAGAAAGGACAGUGACCGCUAUGAGAUUGUUCCCAUACAAGAAUCACUGUCCUUCGAGAAAGGCUUCUUCAUAGUAAUCCGUGCGUGCCAACUGUUGGCUCAAAAGAAUGAUGGCAUAAUAUUUGUUGGCGUCGCUGGUCCCUCUGGCGCUGGGAAGUCGGUGUUUACAGAGAAGGUCCUGAAUUUCAUGCCUAGCAUUGUGGUCUUAUCAAUGGACAACUACAAUGACGCUAGUCGAAUAAUUGAUGGGAACUUUGAUGGUAAGUUCUGUUUUUUUAAUGAACUCAUGUAUAUUUAAAUUUUUUUAAUUUUCUUAUGAUGCAUUGGUCUCAUGUGUUUUUUAUGCAGCUACCCCAUAUUCAUACCAUAAUGGGAUCUAUCACGUUUCCCAACAAAUUGAACUACAUUGCAAUCUGUAAAAUUUUCUGCUUGCUAUUGUUACAUGACAAAAAUAAAGUACGUUGAAAUUUCGGUCACUUUAAUUCAGAUUCGACCUGAGAAGAGUCAUAUUGAUGCACGAAGUUGGCGUGCUACAGUUGAUUCCAUCCGUAAUAACAUGAUGGCAUUCAACAACUCUGACUGAAACCACAAUCACCUGUUUAGGGAGAAAACCCUGAUUAAGUUUUAGGACGCAGUAGUUUUGGUAAAUACCCGAAUAAUAUGGUUCUCCGGUCUCUACAUCCAGAUUCCUUCUUUUUUCAUGAUUUCCUAGGUUGCGUCUUGUUUGGGAUGAUUAUAUUUGAAAUGCAUGGCUAAGUAAUUCAUUAGUGUAUUUUCCGAAGGUUGAUCACAAUUUAUUGUUAUAUUCCUAUUUCUGAGAAAGAAAUUUGACUUCAAGGAAGUUGUUUCUAAGAGAACGGGAAUCAUUCUGGUUGCAAAUGGAAGUUUUUUACUAAUCCAUAAGGACCUAGGUCUCCUUGAUGGACCUAUUUUGCGAACCAACUACCUAUCAUUAUGUUACCAAGCCAUUUUAAAAAAAUUGAUGAAAAUCCCUUGUAGUUAUAUUUUCUUGAGGAUAGGCUGUUUCCUAGUGAAUAUGAGACGGGUUGUUUCCUUGAUAUUCAAGCGAACGGUUACUUUAUUAAAUCAUAGCUCAGCUCUUGGGCUUCUCCACAUAAAUCAUUGCUGGUUUGAAAUUUGAAGAUAUUAUAUGAGAUUUUUCAUGCUGACAGGUCUUGAUGAAGCUGUUGUGAAUGGUUAAACAAUAGAGUAGUGUGAAAGAUGCACUAAGGCACUGCAAUGUCUAAACUAUGAAUCUCCAGAGGAGGCUUGGCCUUUUGGAGAAACUAGUAUGAUGGCUUUUGGAGGGCAUAAAUCUCCUUUAAGAUGUUUUAAUUGACUAUGUACACGUUAAAACUACAAAUGCUGAUUCUGAGACGUCAAAAGUGCCACUUGUGACCACAGAGUGACAGAGCCUUCUUGUGAGUAUUGGUUGUACGUUCACUAUAUUCCAUGCCCACUUGAAGCGAUUGAAAAUUUGAUUAUUUUGAAGUUCCUUUCCUAGUGAAAACUUGUUUCGCUUUGCUUAUUGACAUCGUGUCGCAUUUGCCCCAGAACAACAUCAAGAACUCCUAGUUUAAGGGAAAGUAGCCCUUGCAAUCAAAAGCCCCUUUGCUCAACUUCUUUAUUUUUCAUUUGAAGGUUCUUGUGCUUUUAUUUCCUGAGAAAGAAUAGCUGUUUGAGCCAGACAAUUUUAGGUGUCUGUUUCGCUUUUUCUUGCUUGAGCAAAAUUCUGGUAGAUUUUGUUUUCAAAUUAGUUUUAAACAGACAGUGUGCUGCGUAUUUCACAUUCACAUGUGUUACUGUGAAUGUUGAUGGAAUAGUGAGGUGGUGUGACAAUUGAAGAGAUAAAUAAAUGAUCAGUUAUAAAGUCUGGCUUCCGGGUUUUACAUUGUUAGUGAGGCACGCUAUUGUUGUAAACGAAGUUAUCAAAUUAUGAUUCGUGAUUAGGGUGGUGGUUCUUGGGGAGAGAAGACAUGUCACUGUUCAGGUUUUGCCAAGUAAAUAGGAUUUUUUCAUCAAACCAUCGUUUUUUAUUCACAUCUAUCAUUUCUUAGUAGUUCUCAGGUAUAGUCCGAAGUAUGUCCUUUGUGUGCCCUUCAAAAGGGUGUCACUGAGCUGACAGACCCGACUCCAGUUUGGCUAGGCUAAUCAGAGGCAAAAAUGUCUGGUCUAAAUAUACCUGAAAUGCUGUAAUCCAAUAUUGUGGCUUCAAAUUAGACCCAUGAAAUAGCUAUCUUAUUCUGUUUUCUAAAAUGUUUUGUUAAAAAACAUCAUCAAAGAGUAUGCUCUUGAUUGUGGAAGCAACAUUUUCAAUAUAAAAACCACACACUGAAUUGAAUACGCUUUCUAACUCAUAUGACAUUAGCGUAAUGGCUCAGACCUGCGUAAUGGCUGGACAGCCCAGGCCAAUCUUUUGAAACCCUUCUCUUCAACAAUUCCAACCCCUUGGCAAGAUGUUGGACACUUAAAUAAUGUUCCAAUUUUCGGGUUCAAAAAAAUCAUGUGAAAGUCAUGUGAUUGUCUAUUUUUUGUGCUGUGUCUACCUUAUUUCGCUUCUUUCUUUUAGCUGCUUUUUUUUAUUGUGGUGGUAGUGGAAGAAAGUAUUCACGGCUUUUGUCCUGUGAAGAAGUACUUGUCUCUUUUUAAAACAUUUGUCUAUAGAAAUAUAUCAGGCAUUAUGUUAAAGUUAUCAUCAUCUGGUUACUUGACAUAAAUGCCUUGCAAAUUCGCAACAGAUCCUCGGUUGACUGAUUAUGACACCUUGCUGGAAAAUAUCUACGGGCUUAAAGAAGGGAAGACUGUCCAGGUUCCAAUAUAUGAUUACAAGACAAGUUCCCGUAUUGGUUAUAGGUAAUACUGUCUAGCCAAAUAUGAAACUAAUAAUGUUUUCCCUAGCUCUUGGCAUUGUAUAUGUUCAUGAUUCAGCAACGAAAACAUUUAUGACUUCACAUUUUAUACGUUGUUUUCUCUGAAAACAGGACAAUUGAAGUUCCUAGCUCACGAAUUGUGAUCAUUGAAGGUAUAUACGCCCUUAGCGAGAAGUUGCGACCAAUACUUGACCUCCGUGUUUCUGUGACUGGAGGUGUUCACUUUGAUCUUGUGAAAAGGGUUCUUAGAGACAUACAACGUGCUGGGCAAGAACCAGAAGAAAUAAUUCACCAGAUCUCUGAAACAGUAUGUUCGAUUUCCUGUCUCUGUUUUCCCUCUAGAUGUGUUUUCUGAUCGUUGAGAAUCCCAGUGUAACUUUCGCUGAUAGCAGGUAUUUAAUGGUUAAAUACCUGCUUGAGCUCUUUUUUAUGCAAAUAUUUUCAUUGUUGAACCGUUCAUUUCUUAGUUGAUAUGAUGCAAUAUGUUUGUACGCAGGUAUAUCCCAUGUACAAGGCUUUUAUUGAGCCUGAUCUCCAAACAGCACAUAUAAAAAUCAUCAACAAGUUCAAUCCUUUCUCAGGAUUCCAGAAUCCUACCUACAUUCUAAAGGUUGUCUUCACUUUUCCUAAUUAUCUGAAACCUGAAUUAUUAUCUUGAAAACCAUUUCUCUUACUUUUGCGCUUUCGGUUCUUGCAGUCAGCAAGGACAUUGACAGUGGAUCAAAUCAAGUCAGUCAUUUCCGAGGAUUACACAGAAACGACUGAAGAGACAUAUGAUAUAUACCUCUUGCCACCUGGUGAAGAUCCAGAAACUUGCCAAUCUUAUUUGAGGAUGCGGAACAGGGAUGGAAAAUACAAUCUUAUGUUUGAGGUUGGUUGUCUUCAUUAUUAAGUCCAACCCUUUUCAUUUUUUUGGCUUUUUAUGAUAAUCUACUCCGAGUACCCGUAGAAGAUAAUUUAUGGGUCGAUUGCUGGAUAAACUACAAAAAAAAAUGUUUCCAAGUGUGGUAUUGAAGAUUUUUAACUUUACCACACCUCAAGACGGAAAUCAAUCCAUCUAAUAACUACUUUUAGGAAUUUAAAAUUAAUAUUUGACGGAAGUAAUCUGACUCAGUAUCCUAAUUCCUAUUAGCUGAGUAAAUGCCCUGUUUACUACAUUUACAUGUCAGUAAAAAUCAUCAGUUUCUAAAGCAUACUACCGCUACUUAUGUUGGCUAAUCUCGCCUUUUAGGGGCCAUAUAUAGAUUUAGAUAUGACACAUGAAUCUACUGUAACAUCUCCUUGGCUCAUAGGAGUUAAAAGGAAAAAACGAUGUGAAUUCUCCUGAUGAGACAACACUGGUAAGAUACUGAGGAAAGCAUGUGGUCUGAAAGCGUUGGAUAGUUCUAUCUUUUUCAAAAAGUUUUUGUGUCUUAUUACCUGAUUCAUCUUUGUGCCCAGUGACACCCACCCUUCAGAUGAUUCCAUCAUCAUUUAGUGUACUUGAAAAGUGGAUGAAACAGAUGAAGCUUGUCGGUCAUCAUUAAUACAUUUAACUUGACCUUCAUAUCCCUGUUCAUUCUCUAUGGUCACCUCUACCAUACUCAAGACAAUGAAGCGCAGUUUCUUUUUCUUUUCAUGUAAAUAGCGUAGAGAGAUUGUAGCAAUAUCAAAAUUUUGAGCAGAAACAUAAUGUUACUAUAGAGUUGUGGAGUUCAUUUUCAGACCCAUGUUAUUAACCAUCUUAACAAAACUUUCUGAAUUUUAUCCGUCUCAAAAAGAGAUCCUUUCACCUCAAGUGAAGAAUAUCAAUCUUCUUUGUCUCCCUGUAGCAUUGUCACCCGUCAAGCAUCUCUUCUGCAUCACCGACUCUCACAAUAUAGCACUGAGGACUCAUGAUGAUGACUGUGAUUUUCUAUUCAUGCCCCUAGAGAAGAUUUAAAUCCUAAAGUCAAGCUGCAUGGCCCUUGACGUUUAUUAACUUGUUUAUUUAGCAUGUUCAGUCUUUGAUUAUUUUUAUUUUUUUACACGACAUAUCAAAGUUAUCUUGAAUUUCAGGAGUGGGUCACAGACAGUCCAUUCAUCAUUUCGCCAAGGAUUACCUUCGAAGUUAGUGUGCGGCUUCUGGGUGGGCUGAUGGCCCUGGGAUACACGAUUGCAGCAAUCUUGAAAAGGAGCAGCCACGUAUUCAUCGAUGAUAAGGUUGUGGUCAAAAUUGAUUGGCUAGAGCAACUCAAUCGGCACUAUGUUCAGGUACUCUUCAGUCAUCAAGCUCAUGCGGUGUGUGCUUGCCACAUAUUAUUAUAUUUCCUUCUCCACGCUCAGAUCUCUGAUGCAUCUCGUCUUGAAGGUGCCUUGGGUGUUACAUGUCACCGGUUCACAUUGUAGGAACGCAAUUUUAUUCUAAUUUCUGACGCAGGAAAAUAUUUUGGAGGCAAUUCUAGAUACAUGAGAUGCGACCAAUGUAUAAAGAGCCCAAUUGUGAAAGGUAACAUGAGGAAGUCAACGAAGGAAAAAAGAGGAAGCUCAGAGAAAUGUAGUCAACCCAUUUCGAAAUUUUCUUAAAAAAAUUGCAUUAUCCAAUCUCUCAUCGGUGAUUCCAAAGUAGCUUCCAAUCUCUCAUUCAUAUUUGCUCUCAGGCGCGUAGUGAAGCUAUGAACAGUGAUCUUUCAUUUGACUCACAAGGUUUCUGUGGGUAAAUAAAAUAAAUAUUCUUUAAAAGAAAAAAGUAAUUUUUUUCCCUGAUUGCGUUGACUUUUGAUGUAAGGUACAAGGAAGAGACCGUCUGAUGGUGCGGCACAUUGCAGAGCGGCUGGGUUUAGAGGGUUCUUACAUUCCUCGCACGUAUAUUGAACAGAUUCAACUAGAGAAACUUGUGAAUGAUGUCAUGGUAUGCCACUCUCACCUUUUCGGAGCCAGUCAACUACUACUCUAGGUCGAAUUCUAAUCGAACAUUGUUAUUUUUAGACACUGCCGGAUGAUCUAAAGACGAAGCUGAGUAUAGAUGAUGACGUGGCUUCUAGUCCCCGAGAAGCACUGUCUCGAGCCUCAGCAGACCGGAUUGCUCUGAGAAAUAGGCAUCUCAAGACGUAGUGCCCGCUGACCUUCUUUAUCCGUAUUCAUUAGAAAAUGGGCUCUAUUCUUUCAAUCUCGUCCUAAUAUUUUGAUCGAAUUUCCCUACAUACCAUCAGUCAGUCUGAUAUAUAUAGAUAUAUAUAUAUAUAUAUAUAUAUAUAUAUCAGUCCUUCCUUAGAUGUAUUUCUACUUUUGUGAAUGGUGGAACUCAUUUAAAUAUGUUGGGCUUUCCUUUUUGAGUGGCAUGCCGCACACUUACUCCACCCAGGGAGACAAGCAACUCAUGAAGCUCACCAGGCUCACCGUCACCGGCAGCAGAUUUGACGGGAGAGGCCCUGACUCACCGGCUAUUAACCAGGUAAGUCCCAGCUUCUUGGAGAUGCAUGGAUCUAUUAUGUGGGGUAGCUUUCUUUUUAUUUAUAGAAAUUAAUGUGAGGCGCUCCUCUGUGUGUGUGUGUGUGUUGUGUUAGGGAGUGAUCACUCAGUUAUCAGAGCAGAUAUCGACGCUGAAUGAGAGAAUGGAUGAGUUCACCACCCGGAUUGAAGAACUGAACUCCAAGUUCAAUGUGAGGAAGCCUUCGAUGAGCCAGCAAAACCUGGUGCUCCAGGGAGAUAACUGCAAUGGGUCUGGGCCUACAUCACUCUUCGUGUCUGGUUUGGGCAAUGGAACCCUGAUUCCCAAUUCUUCGUCGUCCAACCAGCUCGUCAAAGAAUCUCCCCUCAUGGAAGAGGUAUGCUCCAAUUAACUAACUCCCUUCUCUCUGAUUUCGGUUUACAAAGAUGAAAAGGCUUCUCUCUCUCUCUCUCUCUCUCUCUCUCUCUCUCUCUCUCUCUCUCUCUCUCUCUCUCUCACUCACACAUUCACUUGCUCGCUCACUCGCUCGCUUGCUCUAUUUAUGGAAAGCAUAAAUCUCCAAUUACAUGAGUACAGCUUCAUUUUUCGCAAAGAUCUUAAAAUGGAUGCAAAUACAGGGAUGUAUAUGAAAAAGCUUUAGCCAUGAACUCUUCUCUCUCUCUCUCUCUCUCACACACACACACACACUCACUUACUCGCUCGCUCUAUGCAUCCAUCUCUGUUUAUAGAAAACAUGAAUCUCCAAUUACAUGAGUAUAGCUUCUUCUUUUUUCACAAAGAUUUUAAAAUAGAUGCAAAUACAGGGAUGCAUAUGAAAAAGCUUUAGCCAUGGACACUUCUCUCUCUUUCUCUCUCUAUCUCUUACACACACACACACACUUUUGCUUGCUGGCUCAUUCUAUUCGUCCAUCUCUGUUUAUAGAAAACAUGAAUAUCCUACCAAGUACAUGAGUAUAGCUUCUUUUUUUCUCGCAAAGACUAUCAAAUGGAUGCAAAUACAGGGAUGUAUAUGAAACUUAAAAUCCUUUUUUUAUUUUUUAUUUUUUAUUUUUUCUCCUAAUCUGAGAAACUGCCUAGCAACUAGUAGUGUUCCUCACUUGGUCACACGGAUCCAAUACCUAGUUUACCCAAUUCUGGUCAUUCUUGUUCUCUAAUAACUUACUUGAUUUGGUAUUUUUGCUGGUGGCAAUCAGAUAAUGAUAAUUGUGCGUAGCCAACGCCAAGUCAUGCAUCAACUGGACAACCUCUCCAAUCUCGUCCACGAGAACCUCGGCGAGCUGAUCCGCCGAGGGAUGGCCGAGAACCGGAGCCGAUCCCGAGAGCUGGACUUGUUCGGUUAUCCCCUAUUUCUCUCUCUAGCAAUCGGCGGCAUCGGCGUUCUUCUAUUCAAGAGCCUGUACAAAGACUGA